GCGAGGUCUGUGAAGGGAUCUUCGCCUCCCGAUCGGGUUUUCCAAGGUAGAGGGAUUGGCCUGCUGAGGAGUAACUUCCUCAGUGCCUAGAACCUGCGACAAAUGGCAGAUGCAGAUAGUGACUCUAGGCAUCUUAUCUCUGAGGUAGAUGAUGAAGUAAAUCCUGGACCUAUGAAUAUCCAGUUUGAUUCAUCGGACCUGAGAUCUAAAAGGCCUUUCUAUAUAGAGCCUACAAACAUCGUCAAUGUGAAUGAUGUCAUUCAGAGGGUUAGUGACCAUGCCUCUGCUAUGAACAAGCGGAUACAUUACUACAGCCGGCUCACCACUCCUGCAGACAAGGCACUGAUUGCUCCAGACCACGUAGUCCCAGCUCCAGAGGAAUACUAUGUGUACAGUCCAUUGGGCUCUGCCUAUAAACUCCAGAGUUACACUGAAGGCUAUGGUAAAAACACCAGCUUAGUAACGAUUUUUAUGAUCUGGAAUACCAUGAUGGGAACAUCUAUACUAAGUAUUCCUUGGGGCAUAAAACAGGCUGGAUUUACUACUGGAAUGUGUGUCAUCGUGCUGAUGGGCCUUCUGACACUUUAUUGCUGCUAUAGAGUGGUGAAAUCACGGAGUAUGAUAUGUACAUCGGACACAACUACCUGGGAAUAUCCAGAUGUCUGCAAACAUUAUUUUGGCUCCUUUGGGCAAUGGUCAAGUCUCCUUUUUUCCUUAGUCUCUCUCAUUGGAGCAAUGAUAGUUUAUUGGGUACUUAUGUCUAAUUUUCUUUUUAAUACUGGAAAGUUUAUUUUCAAUUUCAUUCAUCACAUUAAUGACACUGACACUAUACUGAGAACCAAUGACAGCAACCCUGUGAUUUGUCCAAGCGCUGGGAGCAGUGGCCAUCCUGACAACAGCUCCAUGGCUUUCUACAAUGACACACAAGUCCAGCAGUUUGAGAAGUGGUGGAAUAAGUCCAAGACAGUGCCGUUCUACCUCAUAGGGCUCCUCCUGCCACUGCUCAAUUUCAAGUCUCCUUCGUUUUUUUCCAAAUUUAACAUCCUAGGCACAGUAUCCGUCCUCUAUUUGAUUGUCCUUGUUACCUUGAAGGCUAUUCACUUAGGAUUCCAUCUGGAAUUUCACUGGCUUGUGCCAACAGAAUUCUUUGUACCAGAGAUAAGAUUUGAGUUUCCACAGCUGACCGGAGUGCUCACUCUUGCUUUCUUUAUCCACAAUUGUAUUAUCACACUCAUGAAAAACAACAAGAACCAAGAAAAUAAUGUGAGAGACCUGUGCAUUGCUUAUAUGCUGGUGACGUUGACUUAUCUCUAUAUUGGUUUCCUGGUUUUUGCCUCAUUUCCUUCACCUCCAUUAUCCAAAGAUUGUAUUGAGCAGAACUUCUUAGACAACUUCCCUAGCGGUGACAUCCUGUCCUUCAUUGCAAGGAUAUUCCUGCUGUUCCAGAUGAUGACCGUCUACCCACUCUUAGGCUACUUGGCCCGCGUUCAGCUCUUGGGCCAUAUCUUCGGUGACGUUUAUCCUAGCAUUUUCCAUGUGCUGAUUCUUAAUUUAAUUAUUGUGGGAGCUGGAGUGACCAUGGCCUGUUUCUACCCAAACAUAGGCGGGAUCAUAAGGUACUCGGGAUCAGCAUGCGGCCUGGCUUUCGUGUUCAUAUACCCUUCUCUCAUCUACAUAAUUUCCCUCUGCCAAGAAGAGCGUCUGACAUGGCCUAAAUUAGUCUUUCACAUUUUCAUCAUCAUUUUGGGCCUGGCGAACCUGUUUGCUCAGUUUUUCAUGUGAAAACUGUUUUCCCGCCAUUUCUCGUGGUAUUCUGAACCUUGGCAACAGUUCUGCAUAAAACAACUUGAAAAUGCUGUCAUUGCUGUAAUUCUAAGUGUUUGUCUCAGAUAGCUGAAAGCGAGGGAAACGCUGGUCUGCUGAUAACUAUUUUUGUACUGGAGCAGGGAGGGAUGAUGCGGAUGGUCUGAACCCUUUGCCUUUCUCGGGGACCCCAUCCCAGGCAUCCAAGUAGAAAUAUAGAAGGAAUCACACUGGUUUUUUGUUGAUAAGUAUAAGGUAGGUGGAUGUGUUUUGCCUACAGCUAGGAAUCUCAGGGGUUGGGUCCAGGCGGCAUGUUGCCAGAUCCUGUUUCUGUUGCAGGGUCCUCUCGUCCACUUUCUCACUUGCUGGACCAUUUCUUCAGUUUACCCAAACUGCUGCUGUUUCCAACAGUAAAACAAAUACCUCAUUUUAAAAGAAGUUUCCAUGGCAUCAUUAUUAAUUGAAUGAAUUCCUAACUAAAUACUUCAUCUGAAGAACAAAAAAAAAUGUCAAUGAUAUCAGUCCCAGAAAACGCCUGUAAAAUAAGCACAGUGGGUAGCUGGUGGGGGCAAGAGGACCAGGGUUUGUGCCACCCUCAGUUUCAUGGCCAGUGUGAAACCAGCCUAACCAUGUAAAACCAUGUCUCAAGACACCGAGAGAAAACAAAAGAAAACGUGUGUCAGAUAAACUUGUGCAGAGGUGGUUGCUGUCUGACUCGUAAUUCUAAUCCAGUUCCAGUGACCUAGAUUGAGGUUGCAGUUCCCAAGCCAGAUCUUACACAUGAACAGAAGCUCUUGUCCUCACAGACCCAGGGUCCUUGAUCAUUGCAUGGACUGCCGUGAAGCCUAAUGAAGAAAGUGUGAUGGACAGCAUGUGAGGCCCUUCAGAAGAACAAGGGAAUCGCUAGAAAGGGUGGGACUCCGCCCAGGGUAUCCCGAGUCAUUCUGGUCCAGGUGUGACCUCCAGGGGCCGACACCAUCUACCAUUCCUCUAGUGGGAGGGGAAGAAUGUUGUCUGCACAAGAAAAACUUCUGUCUGACAAGAAGAUUGAGAAAGAAACCCAGGUCCUAGAGUUAACACUUUUCCCGUUUCCAUUCUGACCUGAAAGCUGAACGAGAAUCCAGAUGUCUGUCUUCCGUGUAACACGGUGUGUGCUCCACUCAAAACUACUGACAUUUAGAGCGCUCUAAUUUGGGGCUAAAUUGUUAAAAAUGUAUCAUAAUUCCACUUCCGAGGAGUGUGAAGAUUGUGUCGUGUCCGUCCUUGGGGAAAAGCAGGUGAAAUGGUUUCUGUAAACCUAGUUAGGAGCUCCAGAGUUAAGAUCAGCUUUGAUUUCUUUCAGCAUGGCUUAUGUCCUGUUGGAGUUACAGAUCUGUGUUUAUAAGAAGCUGUCAUUCCUAACACUUUUUAAAGUCUCUUUAUGAGAACUGUCAAGCACAUACACAAAUAGGAUAAUAUGGAAAACUCCGCCCACCCAUCCCCUGGUCUAGUAAUUGUAGACUUAGCUGAAUUUCCUUCACCUGCUCCUUCCCGCUUUUUUCUUUUCUGACAUAUUUAAAAACCAAUCUCAGACAUUAUGUCAUUUCAUUUCUGCAAACCUUAAUAUUCAGCUAAUAACCCAAACUUUGAGCCUAGUCCCAUUUACCAUGGAGCCAGUCCCCAAAGCGCUGGCUAGCAGAAGGGCUGCAGAAGCCCUUUGGACCGUCUGACUGCAGACUUGCUUUCUUCAGAGGCAUUUGCGUCAAAGCUGGGUGCUUUGAGAGAUGUUCCGACUUAAUCUCUGUAUGUUCGUGGUAGUUUCUUUUCUCUUUGAGAACUUUAGAAACAACCGUCAUUGCUUUUUCCACAAAGGCAUUCCUGAGUGCUUUAACACAUCAAAGAUGUGCUAUGCUUUAGUAAUCAGGGUGAUUGGAUGUGUUUUGCCUAUUUCAUAGAUAAAGGGAAUAUGGCAGGGGAUGCUACUCUCUGGACAAAAAAGAAUGUGGAUUUAUGCUUUUGUUUUCUAAAAGAGAUUUGAUCAUUUAGACUUCCUAAUUCCCUGUUAGAGGAGCCAGAUGGCUUUGUCUCCUCAGUCUCUUUCGGAGACUCCUUUGGCCUGUCACUUAGCCGAGUCAAGACUCAUGAGUGUGUGUGUCCUGGCUCCUGCCGAGAACGACGCUAUAGGAACUCACACGCAGUUAAUCUGACUUGCUCUCUCUCCUCUCCUCUCUUAAACUGUCUAAUUAAACUGCUUUCGCUUUUUGCUCUGAUGUAGCCAGCCUUUGGAUUUAGCUUCUUUAACACACAGCUGAGGACACUAAGAUUUAGAAGGAAUUGUUUCGAAGGGUCUUCCUGAGAAAUCCUAUGCGGGAAGGAGAAAAAAAUGGGGAUAAGAUUUAUACCUGUGGAUGCUGGUGCAGUCAUUGCCGUCAGCUCACUCCAAAAAUGUGUUUGGAAUAAGGAGUAAGUGCGCCCGCUGGAAGCUGCUGUCUCAAAGGGAAAUGCUCCGUUCACAUCAGAUGUUCCCUAAGCCCUGCGCAGCUGUUGACUGCCAUCGUGGGCUUUUCUGCUUCUACUUGAACUUUACCGUGAAAAUGUUUGUGUGUUUUUAAUUGUCAUUCCCAUAAUUGUUCUGUGUAAAUAAUUGAAUGGUCAAUGUUCAUGAAUUUUGAGGAGCUAAAGCCAUGUCUUAAAGCAUGCAUCUUCAAGGGGCUUUUAGUCUAGGGAAGUAAGAGUGCUCACCAGCUCGCGGGGAUGGUGGGGACUGUUGGAGCCCGUGACAUUCUGGGGAGGGACUGUCCAGCGGCAACUCCCCAAAGUUACGCUCACUCUGCUCACCAGCUAAUAGAAUGAUAUCUUCCAUGUAUUUGCUUUUAUUGGGGCAAGUUUUCUCUAAAACUUACUUUGUGAAAUUUACUUGCUUCUUUUUGCAUUAUUUUUUCUUCUUUAUUAUCACUAAAGUAUUUAAGUCCUAUGGCUCUUGGACAGAAAGCAUAAUUAAUAUGAAAUGUAAUUAGUAAUACACUGGGUGCUACAGAGUCUGUAAUCUUCAAAUGUUUAAUUUCUUUAAUAUGAAUAUUCAAAAUGUCAAAUGUUUACAUUCAUUGAUAUGAUAGUAUUUUGCUUUGUCUCUGUUACCGUGAUAAAAUACUAUGGCCUGAAGCAAGAGUCUAUUUGGCUUACAUUUCCAAAGAGGGAGUCGGUGUGGUCAGGACGGCAUGGGAGGAGUAACAGAGCAGGGCCGGCAAAUCACAUUUCCUCUGCUCGUAGAAAACCAAGAGUGUAAACACUGAGUGAGUGGGGAGAGGUGGAAACUCACAGCCCACCCCACCCCAUCCCAGUGACACAUUUCCUCUAGCAGAACUCCAGUUCCUAAGUUUCAGGACUUCUCCACACAGUGGGUCCCCAAACCAGUUGAGGACCAAGUGUUCAGACCCAUCAGCCCAUGGGGAGAUUCCUCACUGAAACCCCACAGGUGAUAAAGCAGAGAAUACGGUGCUGCCUGUUUUCCUUACCCAGUAUUGCCAUGUUGCUUUUUAGAAGUCGGUAGUGAUUUGGGUUUUGUGUUUAACUUGACUUCAUACCAACUUGAAUGUUCAAAAACAAACCCAAGUCUAGCUGGUGCCUAACCGUCGUGUGUCACCAGCCUGUGAUCCAGAGUGAAAUGAAUCCCCGAUGUCACACACACACACUGGCUCGGCUGACCCUGCUCUCACUGUCGCCGCCAACCUCACUUAAGAUUGUAUAAACACGAAUUGUAAAGCAGCUCUGAUAGGAACCUCAGAAUCCAGAUUGUAUAAACACGUAUUGUAAAACAGCUCUGAUAGGAACCUCAGAAUCCAAACAGUGUUCUCUGAUAUGUGAUUUGUCUUUUUAUAGAAAGAAAGGAAAUUAAAUCAGAAUUAUUUUGAAAACAAGUAUCUCUGGGAUUUUGUUUAGGAGACUUUGGCUAGGAAAUCCUAUUGCCUCCUAGCAGUGGCCACAAGCAGAAGCAGCUGGUUCUGCAUUCUCAAGUGACUGUGCCUCUGGCUCAUAUCAGACUACACGGCGCCUUCCUUAAAGUGACGAUCUUCUAGGAAAGCCUAUAGCACAUUAACUGAAACCUAAGGUGACAUCCCAUAAACCGUGGCUCUCGGUAAGUGGUGCCCAGUUUCUGGCCAAAAGCUUUGGAAAAAAAUCGUAAUUUCCAGAACCUUUGAAACUAACAAAGCACCCUAAUUUUCUGGCUUUAGAUUACUUCCCCCCCACCACCACCAAAUAUAAUUUUUUCUUGAUUUCUCCACUCUUAUGGAAAGUUAAAAUAAGACUUGUAAAAAGUAAUAAUGCCCCUCUGUUUAUCUCGGACUAUGCCUCAUAGUCCCAGAGUAGGAAUGAGGAGGUUCACUCAGACACUCCCCUCUGCCUCUCAAUCCCAAGCAGGCCAGUAAUGUUUAGUCAUAGCAGGCCUCAGGAUGUGCUUGUUCAAUCAACUAGUCAGGAUUCCACUGAAAUGGAAAUAUUAGAUGUUAUUAUCUAGGGUUUUCCUAAGACUCCUCCCCCAUGGAGGGUGCUGGAGGGGCACCUUGGUGGUACAACACUUGCCUGUAAGCACGAGGUCCUGGGUCUGAUCCCAGCACUACAAAAGGAAAAAAAUGGGUCAGUCGGGUUCCAGAUUAAUCAUUCAAUACUUGAGUGCUUACCGAAUGCCGGACCUUGUGCUAAGCACUGAGCGUGCUGUGGUGAACAGGCAAGGUGUGGUCCCAGCAGUGGCCCAGCAACUGAGUCACCCUCCUUAGAUGCCACCGAAGUACCCAGCUUUUGCCCUCUCGGUGCCCUGUCUUCGUCGAGGCCUGUGGUAUGUGAUUGGAGGAGCUGAGUGUAGAAGGCCAAUGGGAUAGAUAGGUGGGGCUUCCCAGAGCAAGCUAUGUUUCUACAUCCCAGGUCAACUCUAGCACUGAAAUGAUUUGUGCAAAACCAGAAGGUCCCAUAGAAGAACAAAUGACCUGGUGGAUGACCUGCUGGAGUAAUGAUGGGUUUCUAGGUGAAUCACUUCCCUUGUCGCUUUAUUGUUUAUAUUGCAAAUUUUUCCUUAAGCAAUGUCUGAGAUAAAUCAUGACAAAGAUUUGUAGAAAUAUGUAUACAUACUGCCAUGAUGGAAGCCACCUGCCUUCUGUGAAUCUUCAGUACAGUUAAGAUAGAUGCCUUUUCCUAUUCUAUUGUUAUCAUCAUGAUUAUUAUUUAGGCUCUCAUAGGUCCUCCUGGUUUUGAACUCUCUGUGUAGCCAAGGAUGUCCUAGAACUUUGCAUCCUCUCCCUCCAGCUCCCAAAUGCCAGGAGCACAGGGAGAUCUUACCAUGCCCGGCCGAAAAAGACCUUUGGUUCCAGGGACAGGUCCAGGCUUUACACCAGCUGACACCUACACAGUUUGGAGUUGCCUCUUUAAGGAACAACACAGAAUGUGGAACCUCAGCUAGGAAGUAGCUCAUACAAAUGAGGAACCCUGAUGUAGCUGUGUUAGCUUCUAGACGCAGGCUGUCUGGGACAGGUGGGAAAUGUGAGGAACUAGGGUAGUAAUGGGCACCAUACAUGAGUUUCCCUGCAACCUGGAGAGCUAUUUUUUUUUUCUGAGACAGGGUUUCUCUGUAUAGCCCUGGCUGUCCUGGAACUUGCUCUGUAGAGCAGAGAUCCAUCUACCUCUGUGGCGUGCACCACCACCACCUGGCUGAGAACUUUUACCAAGCCUGAGUUUUUAUUUCUGGAAGGACAAGCUUAGAUGCCAAUCUAGAAAUAGUUAAUUUGGGAUGUAGAUAGGACAUUUUCCUUCUUCAGGUUGGAGAGUUUGUGCCAUGGUGUGAGUUCUACAAGCUUCUUUUUUUUUUUAAACUAUGUGUUUUGUUUUACUGUUCUGAGACAGAGUCGGGUUGUGUAGCCCUGCCUAGCCUCACACUGUGGCACACUCCUGCCUGUCUCCAGAGUGCGAGGAUUCCAGGUGGACGCUACCACACCUAGCUUUUCUUUCCUUUUCCUUUCUUUUCUCUGAGUACUAAUAUGCAAACAGUGAUUCGUCUGUGGAGGAGGGACUUACUGGGCUCUUGGCACAGGAAGCCAGCUUCCAAGGUGACAUUGAAGUAAGGUCACAUUUAUUUCUUUGUGUUCUGCCUCCUUCAGUAAAGAAUGCUUCUAUUAAAGUUAGGAUCAGCUUUAGAGGAUUAACUGUUUUGGGAAACUAAUUGGAAAUUCACGUCAUUCUUGGAAGAGAGGAAACUAAAACUUGAUCCAAAUAAAUAAUCUUUAUUACUCAUCAGUGCCGUACAUGCCCAGAGCCCAGGCCAGAGCCAGAGAUGUGUACUGAUGGUCCUCGGUUUGGAAGCUAAAGACAGUGCCAUUGUUCCCGGUGCCACUAGAACCCUGCUUAGUCUGAGAAAGACUGGGCCUCUCCCGGCGAAAUCCUCCCCACCACAGUGGAAAAGUGGGCACGGGCUUUGAAACAGAGAACUACAAAUUAACAGAAGAGAAGAGGGCUCAAGAACAAACAAGUGGCCACGACCCAGAUCAGCCUCGGAAACAAGCUCGGCGCAAUCAGGUGUACGAAACAAAACCACCGCGUGCGUCUCUUCACGUGACCUGGCGAGAAAGGCACGUUCAUAAAGGCAGGCCAACAUAAAGCAGGCAUGGGGCAACGUUUACCCGAAAAUAGCCGUGGGAGACUUUCUAGAGACACAGAAGCUGUAAACGUGGGCUGUGAUGCUGGUUACACAGGCAACUCUAACCAACGCCCAGUGAACUAGCUGCAAUGUGGACACACGAAAGCCCACCUCCGUACACCUUAAUGGGGAAAAUGAGAGGCAUCAAUUUCUGACAGGAAUACUGUGUAGUUUUUUAACUUCACAAGUGUAUAACAAAUGCCAGGAAAGAUAUUUGUAAAGUCCAAGGUAAACGUGUGAAAUUAAAAACCUUUGUUUGAACAUUUACAUGGGAAAAGAGCUUGAUGCUUAACAAAUAUGAACUCGGUUACCUCUGGGUGUACUUUAUUUCUUGUCUUUUGUUUACCCAUAUUGUCUAAUGUUGAAAUGCAUUGUGUUAUAUGAGGUAAAAGUAAUAAAUGCCUUUUCUUUUUUAAAAAAAUCCAUGGGCUCGUUAUCACU